GGUGUCUAUACUUCGAUCAAUUUGGCCGUCUGUUCGCGCCCUUAACUAUUGAAUGGACCCUAAAAGACACCUGGUGCUCACGUGACUAUUCCCGUCUUACCCUCGACGAGAAUUGAACUUCCCCUGUUUUUGUUAGAAGUUAUACUUUACUUUCUUUAGCGUAGGGGUGUGUGUAGCGCCUACGAGAACAAUAUUAGUAAAUCUUGGAAGAGACACAAAGACUAGUUUUCCACAACGCAGAUGUUUUUGAGUGCGUGACGAAUAAGUAAAUUAUUUAUUUACUUCUUAUUUCAGCAUCGAUGCUAUCUUUGAAUUGAUCUCGCUUCUCCUUCUUUCAUCAUGGCUUUUAUUCUGGGAUUUUUACUGUUUCUUGUAUGUCAAAAUAUAGUUUUUGCAAAGGUUUUGAAUGCAACAGAAACGAAAAAGGAUCAAAAUGCUACAAAUAUUUGUACUGAUCAGGAAAUACUCAAUAAUAACUGUAGCUUUUUUUCCGAAAAAGAAGCAUCGUUUGAAAACGAAACAGGUUCCGGCGAUAUCUUAAGCAAUACAGCUCAAGUUUUAAAUUUCACUGAAGUUUCUCGACUGGAUAACUUUACCGUCGAAGAAGAAUUAAUAUUGUUAAUUGCAAAUUCUUCGGAGGUACCAAAAGAUGAAAUAAAUAGAAAUGUGACUGAUAUUAUAUCUAACAAUACGAGUUUUCGAACUCAGGAAACAUAUAAUCGAAGUGGGGAGGGUACAACAACCCAUUUUAAUUUUUCACUUCCGGAACAAGAAACCAACCAUUCGCAUACCAAUGUCUCUACUCUUCGAAGGAAUGUGUUGGUGCUGAAAUCAAAUUGUUCCGUUGAAAAUUCCGAUGAAUUCACAUCGCGUUAUCUCACAAAAGUCGGCUGUAUCUUGUACAUAAACGUAAAUUACAUUUCAGAAAAUGGUUCCGAAGCGAUGAUUGCCAAAUUAAUCCAAGAAUUAAAACCGCUAUCGAUUAGAAGUGGAGAAUUCGAUAUAGUCGAAAGUUAUGAAGCCGAAAAAAUUCCCGUUAAUGAAGAUGAAAUUCCUGCCAGCUUCUUGGACCGAGAGACAUUAGCUUAUUUAGCUGUGGCCUGUUCUUUUGCCACGGUGCUCUUGAUAGCCUGCAUAAUCUUUGGUUUGAGGUGCGCGAAAAAGAAAAAGCCAGUCUUUGAUAUAUCGACGUUCGACGUGAAAUUAUCGGAUUACACUCUGACAAGAAUACCUAGAGCUAGUUUGUCGUCUACGGAAUAUUUACACGAUCCCAAAUUAUUAGAGAAGACCAAAUAUUCUAUUCCCAGAGAAAAUUGUGAAUCUUCCAAAUGUUCCACUGGAGAACCUUCGAUGAAUGACGGUCUACAAGAUAGAUUUCCAUCUACGAGAGAAUUUAAAACUUUUAAAUCGGGCAGAGUAGUGGAAUUAUCUGGAAAUCAUAGCGACGACAAUAUAAAUUUUAAUGCCGCUUAUGAAAAUCCCACUUUUCAAAGAUAUUUUUAAACGGAAAUAUUUACAAGAAGUACAUAGCAAAAGUAAAUUUUAAAAUCUGUUAACAUUUAUUAUAUAUAAUAAAUGAAUUUUAGAAUAUUCUUUUUUUAUAUUUCAGAAUUCUUAUCUUUUAAUUUAGAAAAUAAGUUUAGGC